CUGUCAGAUGUAGGCCCCAUUUUGUGCACUCAAGCUUCAAGCUGUUGCAAAAAGGUUUCACAUGGGCUGUUGUCAUUCAAAUGCUUUGCCCACUUGGCUACGUCGUGCACGACCCAAACCUGGGCUAAAAAUCCUGCCUCUAUUAAGUGUGCUCUUUUAAAAACCCUUUUAGGUCAAUCAGCCAUGGCCGCAGCAGAAAUCCCUAGUUAUGUUGUUUCUCCUCAGACUGAGAAACACAGGAGGGCCAGAAACUGGACGGACGCAGAGAUGAGAGGCUUAAUGCUGGUCUGGGAAGAAUUUUUUGAUGAAUUGAAACAAACUAAGCGGAAUGCCAAAGUUUAUGAGAAAAUGGCUAAUAAACUCUUUGAGAUGACUGGGGAGCACCGUCACGGAGAAGAGAUUAAGAUCAAAAUCACCAACAUGACAUUCCAGUACAGGAAAUUAAAAUGCAUGACUGAUAGCGAGUCUGUUCCACCCGACUGGCCUUAUUAUAUAACCAUUGAUAGAAUACUGUCCAAAGUCACUGAAUACAAUGACGUGAAACUGCAGGAGAGCCAGCAGCCGGGGCCUUCCACGUCCCAGACCGAGGCGUCCCUCUCGCCGUCCGCUAAGUCCACCCCUCUGUACUUACCGUAUAACCAGUAUUCAUAUGAAGGAAGGGAGGAGUGCUACGAGGAAGACCACUCCGAGAGCUCCUCCAGCUUACUCUCUUUUAAGUUAAGAUCAGAAGAAAGACCAGUCAAAAAAAGGAAAGUACAGAGUUGUCAUUUUCAAAAGAAAAAACUCAAAUUGAUGGAAUCUAUGUUGGAGGAGCAAAAGAAACUCAGUCGGGCGAUGGAAGAAACCUGCCGGGAGGUUCGGCGAAUCCUUGAUCAACAGAACAUCAUCCAGGUUCAGAGCCUCCAGCUUCAGGAGCGCAUGAUGAACCUGCUGGAAAAGAUCAUCUCCAAGUCCAAUGUCUAGUUAGGGUCUCACCAGAUUCUGCUAUGGCCCCAUUCCCACCACAGACGGAUCCUCUCCUGCUUUACAUUGCCCUCUUCACAGGAGGUGACAGAAUAUUUCAGAAAAAAAGGGAAAGACAAAGCUGAACCAGCCCAAGAAAUACAACUACAAUCGGAAGCAGAAAAUUAUUAAUCCCCCCAACCAAGUCCGGCCCCACACUGCGGGCAGAGCAAAGGAGGAGUUGUAUAACUCUGUCUCAUCGCUGGGUUCACUAGGGAUGGUGGAUCUUCAGCUAUAGCUACUCUUGAAGACUAGAUUCUUAAAUAAACUGUGGAGGAGAUUCACACCAUCGAAAUCCUAGCACACUGAAGGACUGAAGCAUUACAUUUCACCUAGGGUUAAUUGUCUUAAUUAUUUUUAUAUUUUCAAAGUUCAAGAGACUUCUAGCUUGCAGGAAUUGAAUUCUUAUUGUGCUAUUUCUGGGUCAUUCUGAGAGUGGAGGCUGGGGCAAAUUUGUCACGGAUCUGACUGAGCUGACGUCGGAUCUGCCGGGAGAAGUCACCUUGGAAAUGGGGCAUAAAGUUUCUUGUUUUGUCCAAAGGAGUGCCCUAUCCUGAACCCCCACUUUAGGAGGCCCCAGUGUAGGUCACCCAAUAUACUUGAUUUGAAACUCAGUAUCUGAUGGGCCUUAAUCUUGAUGGUGGAAAUCCAUGUUCAUGCCCAAAUAAAUUAGCAUUAAGAAGUACCAACCUCACAUAUAUAUGUAUAUAUGUAUAUAUAUAUAUAUAUAUAUGUGUGUGUAU